GCGUUUAGACAGUCUCUACGUACAGCAAGCACCAAGCACAUGGUCAGAAAUCUUUACUGUGCUUUGUGUAUGUGUGCGCGUGUGAGUGAGUGUCUUUAGGGGGAGUGACUGUGUAGCAGCACAGACUGGUCUUUGCAUCCUGUUGUGGAAGUGAGAAACGGCGCGUGUGCUGUUGUGUGUGCGUGUUGUGUGUCUGCGAGGUGUGUUUGCUGUCAGAGCGAGUUCAAGUAUGAAGAGAGGCAAGAAGGCAGAGGAGGCGGCUGCAGAUGGCGAAAAUGACACAGGCUCUGCUUCUGCAAAGAAAACAAAGAAGGCCAAGGAACCAGAGGCCCCAAUAAUGUACGAUGAUCCUCCUGACAAAAUGACUAGCAAAGACGGACGCAACGCCAACAUGAAAAUCACCUCUUGGAACGUGGACGGGCUGAGGGCCUGGGUGAAAAAGAAGGGCCUGGAUUGGGUGCGUGAGGAGGCUCCAGAUGUUUUGUGCCUGCAGGAGACAAAGUGUGCAGAGAAAAACCUUCCUGCUGACAUCACCUCAAUGCCUGAGUACCCUCACAAGUACUGGGCCGUGUCAGAUGACAAGGAGGGUUACAGUGGUGUGGCCAUGCUCUGCAAGACUGAACCCCUCAAAGUUACCUAUGGCAUUGGCAAAGAAGAACAUGACAAUGAGGGCCGCGUCAUCACUGCCGAGUUCCCCACCUUCUUCCUGGUGACUGCCUACGUGCCUAACUCCGGUAGAGGCCUUGUGCGCCUAGAUUACCGCAAAACCUGGGACGUGGACUUCCGGGCAUACCUGAGCGAGCUGGACAUACAGAAGCCCCUGGUGCUGUGUGGCGACCUUAAUGUCGCACAUCAGGAGAUAGACCUGAAGAACCCCAAAGGGAACAAGAAAAACGCAGGCUUUACCCCCGAGGAGCGCGAGGGCUUCAGCCAGCUGCUGGAGGCCGGUUUCACCGACAGCUUCCGCGAGCUCUACCCCGAGCAGACCCACGCCUACACCUUCUGGACCUACAUGAUGAACGCCCGCGGAAAGAACGUGGGCUGGAGGCUCGAUUACUUUGUGCUGUCGUCCGGUCUGCUGCCAGGUCUGUGCGACAGCAAGAUCCGCAACAAGGUCAUGGGAAGCGACCACUGCCCCAUCACUCUGCACAUAGCUGUGUAGGUCACUGUCUGGUUAGCAGGGCUACUGCUUUGCAUAGCCUUCACUGUUUUCUUAGUACCAUUCCGACUUGGCUGAAACUAUCAUGUAUGCCAGUGUGUGCUCUGUUAGACUGAGGCAUUGCCUAUUUAGGCAGGGAAGUCUUACAUUUGUUGACCUUUCUCAUGGGUGAAGUGCUGCCCAAACUCUUACUCUCUCAGUAGCUCAGUUGUCUAGUACUCUGAUCUUUUUCAGUUUUCACAUGAAAUUAAUAAAAUGACUUCACAACACAAUUCAUAAUGCCCAUUUGUCCUCUUCAUGUAAUUGAAGUCUGUCAGUAAACCCAGUGAUGUACACCUUAAUUCCUCUCUGCUAUUCUGUAAAGAUGCAACACUAAAUACUCCAAGAUGUCUAAGCUGAUUCUCAACAAUGACCUGUUACUGGCUGUAGAACUGUUACAGUGUAACUCCUGUCUGUACUACUGCUGACCUGAGACACAAGCCUCCAUGCCACAGAACCUGCAGUAUGUUUUUGUGUUACUGUUUGAAAUUAAACCAAUGCUGUUAAAAGAAAAUGUAACUUGUUCUAUCACAAAAAUGUUUAAAGUCUCUUUUCCAACUAGUGUUAACUUUUCUGUUGUAAAACAUGCCUACAAUAAAGACUGGAUUUAUGUAAAA